AUGUCUCGUGGUUCACGUAAAUUUGUACGCGUGACUAAGUUUUUACUCGCCGGUGUCACUGUGUUUUGUGUUAGCUGGAUCGCAAGUGUCAAUGAGUGGCACUCGGGAGUGCGUUGGCGGGGCCGUCGUGUUGUACAAGAGAACCCACCAACGAUACGCACCAUAGUAGCCUACUCGGAGGACAAGCAAGCAGAACUCGACAGACCAUCACCGGUAUCCUGCAACCGACUCCCUGCUUUUCCAACAGUACCCCAUAUUAAUAAUACCUGGUUCCGAGGUGUUCAUAAAACAGUAUGGCAAAGGGUAAAAGCAACAUCAGUGUCACUCUACUCCGCCUACUACGACGAGAGAAUGCCACAGCGUUACAUACGCAUUCUUGCCAUUUUCCACGGUCGCAAUUUAUCAUCAUUAGAGCAAUUAUUUUGUCAAACACGCUCUAUAAACCCUAAUGAGUAUUCCGUCGAAGUGGUAGCUGCUAAGCCACUCGAAAUAUGGUGGCAUGAAUGGGACAAAAGUACUAAGAAUGUGGAGACACCAAUUCUUCUUUCUUGCCCCUUGACGGAACCCUUGAACGGACCAUCGCUAAUAUCUGUUGUUACUCAGCCUUGUGAUGACCCUUCCAAUGGAUUCUACCUGCAACGUUCGAAGUCAAGUCAGAAAUAUGAUAGGACAUUUACGAUAUGCGUUAAAGAUUUAAAUUUUAAAAAAGACAUAACGACCAAUUUAAUUGAAUGGAUCGAAACAAAUAAAUUACUCGGUGCAGAUAUGAUUGAUAUUUAUAUGGAUAGUCUAAAUAAGGACAAUGAAGACGUAUUGCUUUAUUAUCGCUCUCAAGGCUAUGUUCGAUUAUUUCAAGUUCCUAUUAAGGGUAAGUUAGAAAGGAAGUUAUGGCAAAGGAGAAGAGAUCAUAUAAUAACAUAUAAUGAUUGCUUAUACAGAAAUAUUGAUGAAUCAAAAUAUAUUGUGCCGCUAGAUAUAGACGAGAUACUAUUACCAAAAAUAUCUAGGACUUGGUCUGGACUCUUAACACGGUUAAUGCAUCAAGGCUGGAACCCAGAACAAUACUCAUCAAUUUUAGUUCGGAAUGUCUUUUUCUUCGAAUUUUUGCAGGGUGUAUAUAAUUAUAAUUAUUCAAACAUUCAAACAAACAAGAGAGAAAUUUAUGUCAAACGAGAUGAUGUUCGAAUUGAUGAUAAUGAAAAUUUAGUUUUAAAAAAUAUAGAAUUAAUAGAUGAUACAAAUAGUUUUAAGAAUUUACUAAAUAAUAACAAUGAUGGUCGAGUUCGUUACUAUAGCCCUGUAUGUGGCGUGUCACUACCUGUGCCUAAAUUAGCAAGUCAUAUAAUUAGCUCAGCACUUAUUAGCCCUGUAGGACAUUAUAGCAAAAGUUUUAUGCUCACAAAAAGAGUACUGACAGCUUUUAAUCAUUAUCCAUUGGCUAGUCUCGGAACAGCGGGCACCACGGGAUGGUCAGCGCCCUUUAACGAAGUACAACUCAAUCAUUACAAGGAGUCUUGCAACUUAACAAUAAUGGACGAAUGCGAAUUGUAUGCGAGACGAGCACGUAUCGAUCGCUCAGCGGUGCGCCUGAAGAAACCUCUCAUACAAGCCAUAGCAAUCACUCUUUGCUCAAAAUUAAAUAAUUUA